AUGGAUGGUAAUUUCUAUCAAAAUUUGUUAUUUAACAAUGCGGACUACAACUAUAGUGCAACUGGUUCUGUGCAGCAGAGUACAUCAUACUUGCCCCAAAAUAGUUCAAAGACUUGUGACUAUAACUGCAUUUGUUGUGCUCGAUUCCAUGUUGGGAACCCUUGCCCUUGUAAUGCAUCAAAAACAUCCAUUGGUACGCAAACUGACCUUGAAGUUCCUCAGGGGCUUGAUUCCGAGCAAUUUUGGAAAAGAGGAACCUAUGAGCACAGCAUUUUGCAGAAAUCUGUACAUGAUGUUGUACAAAAGUACAAUCUCAGUGGGAAAACAGAUGCCAGUUGGGAGCAAGCAACCAGCGAAAUUAUGACAUCCUUCACCAAAGACAUGGACCAAACUCAAUCAAACCGACAGAAAAUCCAGCAGCGUAUGCGAAAAGCCAUCUAUUGGAUUAAAUUCUAUGGGAAGAAAAAAACUGAAGCUAUCAAGGAUGGACAAAAAUCAGUUUAUCGCUUCUUGUGCAAGUCCAGAAAACGAAGAGCCAACACAACCGAAACAAGCACCUUAGAGAGGACCCAUGCAUCAGUGCUUGAAGAUGGACUCUUAGCCUGUACAACAUCUCGUGUGAUUAAUGGAAUUAAAGGACUAAGUCCAUUAUGCUUGCUGAGUGUGUUCAAUAUGGUUGCAGGCUUUGUGCCAGACUACUUGCAUAAUGUAUGCCAGGGUGUGACACGUCAGUUUACAAGCCUUUGGUUAGACACCCAUAAUAAAGGGAAGCCAUUUUAUAUUGGACGACAGUGGGAGGAACUGGAUAGGAAGCUGUUAAAAUUAAAGCCCCCCUUUGAAAUCACACGCCGACCACGCUCUCUUUCCACCAGGCGAUUUUGGAAAGCAUCGGAAUGGAGAGCAUUCCUUAUUUUCUAUGCACUUAUUAUUCUAAGAAGCAUUCUUCCGCAACAGUACGUCAACCAUUUCUUCCUGUUGGUGUUUGCUAUAUACACGCUGCUACAGUCAUCUGUAACAUUGGACGAAGUUGACUGUGCUGAGAGGGCUCUCAGAAAGUUUGUACAGCAAGUUGGAGAACUAGGAGCAGACAAUCGUGGAGCUGAAAAUCUGGACGAUUCAACCCCACCGACAGCCAUACACCCCUCUGAUGAUGACGACAGCUCAGACAGUGAUGUCCCCUUGUCAGCUUACACCAAGAAAGGAAAGAAAUCCACUAGAUCCAAACAUGCAACAAAUUGA